AUGACACUCGACAAGGGUACAUUGAACGUUAUUCAGCUCUCAAUAUCAUUUAUGCUCCAAUUUUUCGCCUAUAUGUCUCAAGAAUUCAUUCAAGAGCCGCUCAUCGAGAGCGAAUCGCGCAACGGCGCCAACAUCGACAAACACGCCGGCUACAACAGCUUCGCGAUCCUCUACUUCUUCUUCACAAUCUCGUGUCUCAUCGUGACGCCGCUCGUCGAGAAGCUCACCGCGAAAUGGUCGAUCGCGUUCGGCCUUCUCGCCUACAUCGUCUUCCAGAUCGGCUUCAUCCAUCUCAACGUCUACUAUCUCUACAUCACCAGCGCGUUUUUGGGUGUCGGCGGCGCGUUUUUGUGGAUCGCUCAGGGCAAAUAUUUGACGGAGAAUUGCACCGGCAAAACCAUCGAGCGCAACACCGCAAUGAUGUGGGUGAUAUUCAAAUUGUCAUUGCUUGCCGGCGGCGUUUUCCUCUAUUUCAUGUUUCGCCAUCAGACGCUUAGCGAUGUCGUCGAGAAUCGAAUGAUCGUCUACCUCUGCCUGAUAUUCGCCUCGAUUUCGACUGUCGCCGCAAUCAACAUCAUGCUUCUUCCGGCGCCCGCAUAUCCGCCCGAGAAACGCCAACGCGAGACGAUCGCGCAGACACUGAAAUCGACAUUCAAAAUAAUGGCGACGAUGAGGAUGUCGCUGUUGGCGGUGUUGUUCGUCUACGCGGGCUUCUCGCGGUCGUUCUGGAUUGCCAUCUAUCCGACGUGCAUCAAAUUCACGACGCGUCUCGGCGAGAACACGACGAAGCUGUUGGCGUUGAGCGGCAUUGCGACCGGCGUCGGCCAAACCGCCGCCGGUGUGCUCUUCUCGAUCAUCGGCAAACACGCGCGCGUCGUCGGCAAAGACAUCAUUGUGCUUUUCGCGUCGGUGCUUCACGUCGCCGUCUUCGUUUUGAUCUACCUCCAUUUUCCCGACGAGGCGCCGCUUCAUCCGACCGAAUCGCGCGGCAUUCUUGAGCCGAACGUUGAGAUAUCGCUGAUUUGCUCGGCGCUUCUUGGAUUCGGCGACGCCAUUGUUCAAACGCAAAUCUAUUCGUAUCUCGUUGAUGGGUAUUCGAGUGAAAGCUCGCACGCAUUUGCGCUCUUUAAGUUUUAUAGUGGCGCUUCGUCAACAAUUGCAUUCUAUUUGUCGCAAUUCUUCACACUUCCAAUGCAUUUGAUUCUCUACACAAUUUGCGCAAUUAUGUCGUCAAUUAGCGCGAUUAUUGCCCAACGAUGCUAUUUCUACAAAUUUCGGCAUUUCUAUCAAGACAAGGUGAAGCCAGACGCGAUUCACAUCGAAAUUUCCGAAAAUGGUUCGGUCAUCAAAAAAUAA